AUGUCGCCCGUCGCACCAGGCAAAGAGCCGCCUGCAGCCCAAAAGCCACGAGGGAAACGUAAGAGGGCGAUGAGCGAAACACCUGUGGUAGAAAAAGGAGAGACUGCUGCCGAGUUGCCAGAAGGAGACACAGCAGUUGCCGAAAGUGUCACUUCCACCGACAGCCCGAGAACAACCAAAUCCAAGAAACGGGCUGCGUCAAAGAAGGCUGGAUCAACUCUGAACCGCACGGAUAGCGCAGUAUCCGCUGUCGAGUGCAAGAUGAAGUGGCCCGAACGCUUCAAGGCUCUGGAAAAGACGCAUCGUGCACUCAACCUCGUAUUUACCUUCUGUUGCACCCGCAAGCACCUCGCCACCACUUUCGAGACGAUCAAGUCCGCGGUGGAAUCGCACACUAAGACGUCCUUGACGAUUGAGGAUGUUGCAGCCAUUGCCGCCAUUCGUCCCGAGGGCGUAAACUUUGCCUAUGUCGACGAAAUCAUGCUGCAGACUGAGAUCCGAGGUACUGAGCGGGACGUGGUGUUCAAAAAAGGGCGGGACUUUCUCUCACAGGCGCCCGCGCCUGAUGUCUCUGUCGGAGGGAUCUCAGGCCUUGAUAGUUUGGAUCAUCACCCUGACGACCCGGUUGAAGGGGGAAAGGAAGUGCUGUAUUUCGAGUUCGUGGACGGAGACCUGAAACGGCAGGUCAAGGACAAGAAGACGGGCGAGAUCAUCAAACCCAACAGGAAGCUGAGAGAGGAGACCCUGAAGAUACCAGUGUACAGCCAGAAGCAGAUGACUAACUUGAUCGAGCGGCGGAACCAAAAGUUCAGCGACGCCGUUAGUCUGUUCAUCAACCAAUGCGUAGCCGAGAGCAUGGAUCCCGAGCUGAGGCUGGCAACAGCGACCGAGGCUUAUAUACCCGUGCCGACGAUGCCAGAGCCGUUGGACAAGAAACUCGGAGCUUUGCCAGAAUCUAUUCCAACGGAGCGCAAAAGCAUUCCCGAAAUCGUUCAGGAGCUGAAAGACGGUCCAUGGUACACAGGGCAGAUUGUUCCCGACGGGCAUCGCGUGUUCGAGCCGCAGGAGCCCGUGUACGGCGACCUCAAUUUCCUUCUCAGCCAGGAUCUUGUCAACGCCUUAUACAAUUCCAAGGGGAUUACCCAAUUCUUUGCGCAUCAGACGGAAGCCAUUAAUAGUCUGCUGGAAGGACAGCAUGUUGUUGUUUCAACAUCAACGAGCUCUGGCAAGUCCCUUAUCUACCAACUCCCCGUGAUUCACGCCUUGGAAAAGGAUUGGAACACCCGAGCCAUGUACAUUUUCCCCACGAAGGCUUUGGCACAGGACCAGAAGCGAAGUUUGAGAGAGCUAAUGAGCUACAUGCCGGGCAUGGAGGAGGUACUUGUUGAGACGUUUGAUGGCGACACUCCGAUGAAUGAGCGGAACCUAAUUCGGGAAGAGGCGAGGAUCAUCUUCACCAACCCGGACAUGCUGCACAUAACUAUUCUGCCACAAGAAGAGAGGUGGAGGACGUUCCUCAAGAAUCUCAAGUAUGUCGUGGUGGAUGAGUUGCAUUACUACAACGGGCAGAUGGGUUCCCAUGUAGCCUUCAUCAUGAGGAGACUUCGACGAAUAUGCGCUGCCGUUGGCAACCGACACAUCAAGUUCAUCUCCUGCUCUGCAACUGUGGCCAACCCAAAACAGCACUUCAAGACGAUUUUCGGCAUAGAGAACGUGCGGCUGGUGGACUUUGAUGGUUCACCGUCAGGCCGCAAAGAGUUUCUGUGCUGGAACACGCCAUACAAAGACCCCGGGGAUCCAUCGAGUGGUCGUGGCGACGCAAUGUUCGAAUGUGCUCGUCUCUUCUGCCAGCUUAUGCUCAGGGGCGUCCGUAUCAUUGCAUUCACAAGAGUCAGAGAGCAGUGUGAGAAACUGGUAACCGCUGUACAACAGGAACUCGAGUCUCUUGGACGGCCAGAGUGUGUCAACAGAGUCAUGGGCUACAGGGGCGGCUACACCGCUCAAGACCGACGGAGAAUUGAGUCGGAGAUGUUCGAAGGGAAACUUUUGGGUAUUGUCGCGACCACUGCGCUUGAGCUAGGAAUCGACAUCGGAACUCUGGACUGUGUGCUGACUUGGGGGUUUCCAUACACCAUCGCCAACUUGCGUCAACAGAGCGGCCGAGCCGGAAGAAGGAACAAAGACUCACUGUCGAUCUUGGUGGGGGAUUGCUUCGCUACAGAUCAACAUUACAUGCAAAACCCCGACGAGCUUUUUUCGAAGCCGAAUUGUGAGCUCCAGGUUGACCUGGAGAACAUGCUGGUGCGAGAAGGACAUAUUCAAUGUGCCGCAUACGAAAUGCCAGUGCGGCCAGUUGAGGAUGCAGAAUACUUCGGCAAUGACUUGCCCCAGAUCUGCGAGGAGAGGCUGCUCAAGGACACCUUGGGUUUCUACCAUUGUCACGAACGGUUUAGACCCGUCCCUUCGAGAUUCGUCGCCAUCCGCGACACCGAGGACGAUCACUUUGCCAUCAUCGACAUUACCCAUGGAAGGAAUGAGGUCUUGGAGGAACUAGAGGCCUCGAGGGCAACAUUUACGAUAUACGACGGGGCCAUUUUCCUGCACCAGGGCAACAAAUACCUCGUCAGAGAUUUCCAACCCGACAAGAUGAUGGCCCGAGUGGAAAGAGUCAAGGUCGAGUGGACCACGACGCAACGAGAUUUUACCGAUAUCGACCCGAUCGAGACGGAGGCCAUCAGGAAAAUUUCCGGAUCCCUGUCCAGAGCGUUUUACGGCACAAUCAAGAUCCAGCAGAACGUGUACGGAUUCUUCAAGGUCGACAAGAAGAAGCGGGUGCUCGACGCUGUGCACGUAGACAACCCUCCCGUCAUUAGGUACGGGAAGGGCAUGUGGCUCGACAUACCCAAGAAGGCCUUGCAGAUCCUCGCAGACAGGCGUCUGCACAUCGCCGCGUCCAUCCAUGCGGCGGAACACGCCAUCCUUAGCCUGAUGCCCAACUUCGUCAUCAGCUUACCUGGAGACGUUCGGACGGAAUGUAAGGUCGCUUUGAAGGAGUUUGCUAAGAAGGAGUCACAGAGGAAGAGGCCCGGACGGCUGACGUUCUACGACGCCAAGGGAGGUGCCAGUGGGUCGGGGAUCAGCACCAAGGCCUUCGAGCACAUCGACCAUCUCCUUCAGCAGGCUCUUAAGCGGAUUGAGAAUUGUUACUGCGAGAACGGGUGCCGAGAGUGCGUGGCGUCGGACCUGUGCAAGCAGGCCAACGAGGUGAUGAGCAAGGCGGGCAGCCAGGUCAUCCUCAAAGCUCUGCUGAACCUCGAGAUUGAUGUUGAGGCGUUACCAAUGGGACCCGAGGAGUACAGUCCGGCGGGCAUCGAGACGGUUGUUGUUGCUCAGACUGUGCCACCCAAGGACCGGAAUAACCUUAGGGUGGUUGAGAUCAAGGACGAGGAAUUUGAGGAUCGUGAUUCGGUGCUUUUGGAGGAGGCUGAAGCUUGGACUGGGCAGCAGGAGGAGGGAUGA